AUGGUCCAUCAACUAAGUACGUGGGAACUUUCUCUUCAUCGUGCAAAGCAACAAUUUCGUGACCAUCAACACGAAUUUCAAUAUAACGAUGGGAGGAUUAGAAUUUCCAGCAAGCUGCCAAAUUCGAUGCAAACCGACUCCGAAAUGAGAACCACCACGAAUUCUGAUUAUAAGCAGAACAUUUGCUAUAAUAGCAAGUCCCCCUUCGAUUCAUGGUUUGAGUCUAUUACUGAGGCGGUCGAUCCCCACGAAAAACAUACUCCAUGCGUUCCAUCAAACUUAGGUAUGCAAGUAUUUGACUAUGCACAAAAGCCUGACAGCUUUUCAUCCAAAGUGAGUUCAGCAUUCAAUGCCAAAGAUCCAUUCACCGCAACAUCUGGUAGAGUUUUCAAUGAAAACUAUGGAGGUACCAUGAUCCAAUACCUCGCAAAGACCACUGAGAGGCAGAUCGGAUUCAACAAGUCCUUAGCUGAUAACCACUACACUCGAUCCCCUUCAAUGUCCUCGGGUCCAAGUUUAUCAUCUUUGUUUGCAUCGGCUACAUCGACUACAUCGACUACAUCGACUGACAUUACGACGCCAGUGCUUGACGGAAACCAUUUUCAAAUACCCAGCUGGGAUAAAGCUAUGCAACCCAUGCCACUUAUUGACACCUCAAAUGGUCUUCAUAGAUACGAAUCAUUGGCCAAGACACCCCAAGACGUCCUGGUGCUAAAUAAGUAUCCAGUGCACCAAGAUGUGAAUGAAAAGGCAUCCGAGUUCAUUCCGUCAGCAAUCCUCAAGGGCGAAAGCCGUCCGACCAAUCCCGAAAUGAUUCGUAAAGCUGCGGAAGUUGGUCUUCCUUCCAAUCCGAAUUAUAAAGGCGAAUUCACCAACUUCAAUCUCCGCAAUGCGAUGUGUCUCGACCACGAGAAUUGUUCUGUGAGAAUCCAUAAAAUUCCUCCAGAAGCUAAUCAUUCCGAGAUCUUCGCUUUGAUUACCCAUGGCAAGGUUUUCUCAUUCAACUACACCCCUCCCGUCAAAGGGCUUUUUACUCACGCCGCUGCCGAUCUUGUCUUCCUCACACGAGAGGCAGCACAAGACUUCUUUCAUGACGCUAAGCUCGGCCGUGGACUUUAUAUUCGCGGGGAGAGGCUCAUGGUCAUGUGGAAUAGGAUUAAAGUGAUGCCAGCGGAAGGUCGAUAUGAGAGAAUGUCAAGAGUGGUCAGAAUUAAAGGUCCAGCCACAGAAUUGUCGGCAAAAAUUGUCGAAGAAUUCUUCCGGGGCAGAUUUGAGUUUGAUCUCGUCACGAACAAGGAAUGGAUCCAGAGAGACGGGUGGAGAAUUGUCGAACUAGCUUUUUCGUCUAUCCGUAGUCAAAGUGAGUCAGCAGUGAAAAGUUUCAACAUUUACGUCGAACAGAGAAUGCCGAAUGCUGGAUAUCGUAUCUGGUAUGCUCCUGAUCCAUGCUUCAAGCUUGAUCGCAUAGGAAAUUUUCGAUUAUCCGGAAAUUAA